AUGCCUCAGUGGGACAUUGUCAGCCAAGGCAGCGGUGGCAUUGUUGCUUAUAAGAACAAUUCCUCAGCUGUCGGCCAUGUUGCUCCUCGCCAGCCGGUCACGUUCCAAGUCCAGAAUUCUCGAGCUAGUCUCACCUACUCUGGUCCAGACGGGAGCCCGAUGACAAGCAGAGCCUUGGAUAUCGCCGAACGAAUUGCAUCAUAUCGAUCACGUUUGGCGUUGGCUAAUGAAACAAUCUUAGGAAUUGUUACGAUAACCCUGUCUACUUGCGUUCUAAAGAUGGUGUGUAUCACAGCCGGCAAGGAAGCUCGUCUCCUCAAAUCGUGUGGACUCGAGGCUCUUCAUGUACUCGGUCUUGGGUCUUGA